UAGUACACUUAAGGGACGUGUAGAGAAUGGAGUCUUCCGAAGAUAAAACGACACCAAAAUGGUAUGCGAUAGAUCGAGACAUGAUCAUAUGUAAAGUUGCAUAUUUAUUUGAGAAUGCAAAACAAUCAUGUUACAUCCCUUUGAUGAUUUUGUUUUUUGAAAGUAUUGGCUUGGAUUCGAGCCGCGCUGGACAAAUUAACGGAAUGCGGUAUAUUGGCUAUUUGAUUGGUUCGCCGUUUUGGGGUUAUUUAGCUGAUCGAAAACAAGCCUAUCGUUUCACGGUUACGUUUCUUUGCGUAAUUGCUGUUGCCACAAUGUGUUCUCAACCCUUCCUAAGUCUACUUGUAGGUGAUCAGGAGAAACAAAAGUGCCCUACUAACAGUAAUCUUGAAAUAUUUAUAAACCAAACCUUUAACGAUAAAAUGAAUAGAACAUUAAAUGAAACAAUAGGACAACCCAUGAAAGGUAACUUUAAUGAGGAUCAUCUUUUUUACACCAUGUUGUCAAUUAACAUUGUAGCAUCCUUCUUUGACGGAAGUACACAAAGUUUUAUGGACACAGGAGUAAUGCGCAGAGUUCUAGCAUCGCCAAACCAGCCCAAAUUUGGAAAUCAACGAUACUUUGGAGCAAUAGGAUAUGGAGGGGGAGCCCUUUUGUCAAGUAUAGUGAUUGAUAAUUUCCCAUCGUUAAAAGUAACAUGUUAUAGUGGAUUAUUUUGCGUUUAUCUGUUUUUCACCAGCAGUUUAGCUGUUAUUUCAAACAUCUUAUUCAAAGGAAUAAAAUUCAGUACUCCAAAUGCAAAAGAAAAAGGCGAAGUUCGUGGUAUAUUACGAACAACGUUGUGCAAACCUGACACUUUAUUCUUUCUCGUAACUGUGCUCUUUGGUGGAACAGUACAUGCGUUUUACGUGAGUUUUCUCUUUGUGUUUUUAAAAGAAUUGGAUAGCCCCCAGAUUCUAAUGGGACUGUCCAUUACUGUGGCUGCUGUAUUUGGAUUAUUAGGCUUUAUAUGUGCAGCUAAAAUCAUUAAAGUAGUUGGAGGAACUAUGAAUCUACUUUGCUUUGCUUGUUUUAUUUGGUGCAUUCGUUUCUUUUGUUAUGCAUGCACGUAUAACCCAUGGCUUGUCCUUCCUACCCAAUUGACGCAUGGGAUAGGUUUUGCUGCAUUUAUCGCAGCUUGCGUCGAACACACACGAAUGAUUAGUUCUCCAGCUAUAUUGGCUACCAUGUACGGAAUUAUGAACUCUCUAUACUUUGGAGCUUCUUUCGUCAUCGCAAAUAUCGGCGGAGGAAGUUUAUAUAAAUACGUGGGUUCAAGGCAGACUUUUAUUAUUGCAAGUGUGGCGUGUGGUGUGUGGGCGAUAUUGGUUUUUAUUUAUAUAGUUAUUGGGAUAUAUCGAAAAAAGGCUAAAGUGGGGAAUGUCUACACAGUUGAGGAGGCACAACACGAAAUGAACUGAAAUUUAAAAUUUUCUUUCUUUGAUCAUAUCAUAUGUGUUUUUUUGUAUGUUUCAACCUAGGAGGUUAGAUAGCUAGAAUAGAUAAACAGAGAGAAAGAAUACCGCAUUGUAUAUAUCUAAAUAUACCUUCUCAUUUUAAGUUCUGCAAUAAACAAUGUAUAAAUAUACGAAUAGGUCUCUUGAUAUACAUAAUUGCAAACACAUGCAAUGCAAAACAUUAUAUCGUGGUUUUUUGAAAAAGAUAAAGAUAUUUAAUUAUCAGAAAAUUUAAUAGGAAGUAUUAAAAACAAAAAAUGAAGGCUAAAUUAUAACUUGCAUACUGGUGUAUACUGGUGGUAUAUUAAAAAAGCAAAUUUACUUGACAUAUCAUAAACAAUAUUUUACGCGCGAUAAUUAAUUUGCUCAAAGAAAGCAGAAAAUCUCCAAUAUCUAAUAAAAAAACACAAGGCACGUUUUGCGGAGAAAAAAAAUACCAUUAAAGAUAUAUUUGCAUUUUAAUCACCAAAUUAUGGAUAGCAAAAUUUCGAUAUCGCUGCGUUUGUUUUACAUAGGCUAGAUGUUCAUUAUGAAACCUAUUCAGUCCGGGCUCUUUGGACCCUCUGUAUGGACGGGGGA